AUGGCUUCUUCACUAAUGUUCAUUCCACGUCCACCACCCCGAACACCUGUAGUUCAAAACAGAACCAACAGAAGUAGCAUCUAUACAACGCAACAGCUGGAGAACCAAGCCUUCUCAUUGCUCCAAUCCUGCACCACCUUCAAGCAAAUGACCGAAAUCCAUGCUCGCAUUAUUCGCAACUCCAUCCACCAUAACAAUUUCGUCGCUACGAAGUUUGUCUCUGCUUGCUUCUCUUUCAACAAUCCUUCUUACGCAACUCGGGUCUUCGAACAGGUUCCUGACCCGAAUCAGUUCUUAUGGAAUAACAUGAUCAGAGGCUUUGUCCAUGUCGGUUUACAUGAAGAUGCCUUGAUCUUUUACUACAAAAUGAUCAACCAUGGUUCUUUACCUAAUAAUUUUACGUACCCCUUUGUUUUAAAAGCGUGUUCGGAGCUCCUUGCGCUCGAAGAAGGCAAGGUUCUUCAUGGUCACAUUUUGAAGUUGGGUUUGAGUUCAGAUGUUUAUGUUCAGACGUCAUUGUUGGAUAUGUAUGGCUCUAGUGGUGGAAUUCUAGCUGCCCGUCAGGUUUUUGAUAGAAUGACUGAUAGAGAUGUUGUGGCUUGGAAUGCAAUUCUAGCAAGCUAUGUCCGAUAUGGGCUAGUGGAAGCGGCCAAUGAGUUGUUUGACUCGAUGCCGAUCCGAAAUGUUUCUUCUUGGACCACCAUGAUUAGCGGUUAUGUCGAAGUUGGGUAUUCUAGGGAGGCCCUGGAUUUCUUCCAUCGGAUGCAAGCUGUUGGUGUAGAACCUGAUAAAAUGGCAAUUGUGACUGUUCUUUCUGCUAUUGCAGAUUUGGGGUUACUGGAUGUGGGUAUACGUAUCCAUGAUUAUGUAGAGAGCAACAGAAUUGACAUUGACGCUUUUCUGGGAACUGCUCUAAUAGACAUGUAUGCCAAGUGUGGUAGCAUAGGAAAUGCCCAAGAAGUUUUUGAGGGCAUAAAUUCGAAAACAAUUUCAUGUUACAAUGCAAUGAUCUCAGGCUUUGCAGCUCAUGGAAUGGGUAAGCAAUCUAUUGAGGUGUUUAGAGAUGCUCAAAGAACAGGAAUCGGCAUAGACGAUAUCACCAUGAUUGGUGUGUUAACUGCUUGUAGUCAUUCAGGCUUGGUAGACAUGGGUCGUAUGUAUUUCAAUUUGAUGAAGAAGGAUUAUGGUAUUGAACCUAAGAUGGAACAUUAUGGAUGCAUGGUGGAUCUAUUGGGGAGGGCGGGUAGGUUUGAUGAGGCAAUGAAGAUUGUCGAAUCUAUUGAGGCAGAUUUAGUUAUCUUGGGUACCUUGGCUUUUGCUUGCAGGAUACAUGGAAAUAUGGAAUUAGGGGAAAAGAUAGCAAGACGAAUUUCUGAGCUAGAUCCAACAAAUAGUGCAUUCUUAGUAUUGAAAUCAAAUAUUUAUGCAGCUGAUGGGAGGUGGGAAGAAGCUGCAGGAGUGAGGAGAUUGAUGAAGAGCAGUGGAAUCAAGAAGAUACCAGGAUGUAGUUGGAUUGAGGUUAAUAAUGUGGUUCAUGAAUUUAUUGCUGGUGAUGAUUCUCACCCUUGUUUGGAGGAAGUCUAUUCCAGUUUGACAGAUUUGAGUGAACAUAUUAAAUAUAUAUCCAAUGAGGCUUGGCAUGCAGAAGAAAUUAUUUCCUAUCUGGUGCUUGAGACGGAUUCUUCAGUUUGCUGCAAUGCCAGACUGCCAGAGGAAAAGACGCUUGAUGUUGGAAAGAUUGUAAGAGAUGACCUCAAUAUGUAUCAGAGGGCUUCCCAGAGCAGGUCCCCUGAAAAGAGGUAUCAGAAACAGGAAAUUGCCCCAGCAAAUAAUCCAGCAUGGGCAUUCUGGGAGGUCUUACAUCAUGUAGAAUGGGAGAUCUGUCCUAUUUUCACCUUCAUGUAUAUUGGCAGCAGUUCAUUCAUCAGCUUGAGCGAUGAGCGCAUCUGCUUCCUAUACCCCACAUCAACGGUCUCAUCCACUGGGCUGCCCAGCUGCUCGUUUGUAAUCCUGAAACUUCUUGGGGCUCUUCUGCAUAUUUCUGAAUUAGAUAAUGAUACCGAGCGCAAUACCGAACAUCUCCCAUGA